CACUGCUGGGCACUGACUGGUGGCACUGACUGGCACAACCCCUGGGCACUGACUGGCAGCACUGCUGGGCUGCACUGGUGGGUGGCACUGGUGGGCAGCACUGGUGGGUGGACACAGGGGGGUGGCACUGCUGGGCACAGGUGGGUGGGCACAGGUGGGUGGCACUGCUGGGCACAGGUAGGUGGCACUUCUGGGCACAGGUGUGUGACACUGCAGAGUGGCACAGGUGGGUGCACUGCUGGGCACAGGUGGGUGCACUGCUGGGCACAGGUGGGCGGAACUUGUGGGUGGCACUGCUGGGCACCGAUCAUCAGGGCACUGAUCAUCAGUGCCCGGAUGAUCGGUGCCGAUCCCCGCUCUGACAACUGCCGGUUCUCGGCAGUACUUUCCUCACGAUCUGACAGCGUGAGGAAAGUGCAGCCGAGAACCGGCACUUGC